AUGCAACAUCAUCCUCACGUCAUUGGCUUUACCAUCCCGACAUCUUCCCCCGUAUCUGAGGACAGCCCGCGCUCUCUCCUUCCGCUCGGAAUCAAUCAUGAUAGCCGGCACCCUGCGACGCGAAGCGCACUGCUCAACCUCAACUCAACUGAUCAAUUAUUGUGUCAAAUGCGGUACACCUCCGAACAUAUUCUUCAUCAUACGUCUUCCACCCUUGUGUCGUCCGGUGGCGCAUAA